AUGAAUAUUGAAGAAUUAAAGGAGUCUAUAUAGAGAUUAACAUAAUCUUAGGAGUAAGUUUAAAUGGAUUAUUAAAGUUGUCAGAAUGAUCUAGAGAUAAUAUGGUAAUAGAUCUAACAUUAAGUGGGUUUGGAUUUGAUAUAUCAAAGUGGAAAGGCAGUGAUUGAGUUAAGAUAGUAUGCAAUGGGUUGGAAGGUAAGUUUUACUGUGAUUGAGGAUAGUAAGCAAAUAAGAUCUUGUCGUAUAUAGUAAAGGUGUGUUUAAAUAAUAAGGAACAAUUGAAGGCAUGGGAAACGAUGAGGAUUGUGAUGGAUCCAGAUAAGCAAAUAUAUAAAUGUUAUGAAUUGCAUUAGAUUGAUGUAAAUUAGGUAUUAUUAAUAAAAUGAUAAGAUAGUUUUCACAUCAUGAUUUUACAUAAUAUGAGUUUUGUGCAGAAUUAUAAGAAGGUUAAUAAGUAGAUGCAUUGUAUGAUGAUGAAAAAGGAAAUGUAAUUGGUUGGUGUAGAGCAACAAUUGAGAAGUUAAAUGAGAAAUUUGUUUGGGUAAAAUGGCAUGAGAAUGAUGAUAAGAGAAAGAUUGUCAGAUAUUCAAUGGAUUUGGCACCAUUCAAAAAAAAAGUUAAUGAUGAAGAAUGGUAAUGGAGACAUUCUUUAUAGCCUGGAGAUCUAAUUGAUUGUUUUGAUAAUAGACAAUGGCAGAAUGCAACUAUUAUUGCAGCAUUAAAAGAUGAAGAAGUCGAAUAUAUUGUUGGUUUUAGGGUUUAUGAUGAAAAAGGCAAUCUAUAUGAUUCUAUGGGAAAGAGAUACUUUGGUUGGAAUUCUUAAUAUGAUGAAAGAAUAAGAGCAGUAAGUCCUAGAAUAUAGAAAAGAAAUACAUUUUCUAAAGGUCAAUAUCCUAAUCCUUAUAGUUAAGAAGAUAUAAUUCAUGAUUGCAAUGAUUUCUUAUAUCCUGACAAUAAUUAUGCUAUACCAAGAUUCUCUACUAAGUAAACUCGUCGUUCAAUCAUUCUUAUUUAGAUGAUCAAUGAUUUUGGAUCUUAAGGCUUAUUUUAAUAUAUUUUAGAAUAAAUUUAAGGUAAAUGUACUAUUGAAUUUUUACAUAUUUAUAUGUAAAUUCUAAAUAACAUUCAUGAAAUGUUACACAAAUAAUUUAUUAUUAAUUAUGUACCUGCUUUAUAAAUUGCUGUUUAAAAUAAUAUUUUAUAAUCUACAGAUAAUAAUUUACGUAAUUUCUCUGCAUAGAAAAUUACUGAUAUUUUAUAGUCAUUAACCAAUUUAUUGAAAAGAGUAUAUCCUAUAUAAAAAAGAUCAGAAAUUAUAGAUAGAUUUGAUUUAGAUAUUGCAUUUAAAUGUUUUACUAGUGAUUUUUUGGAAAGAAAAAUAUAAGGAUUGAAAGCAAUUUAAGAAUUGAUAAAACGAACUAAAGAUUUAUAUAAUUAAUAUGGAAUGUAAGAAUACUAAAAAUAAGCAGCUAUAUAAAAGAUAUUAGAAUGGUUGAAUGAAAAGAAGAUAUUUGAAACAUUAUAUGUUGGUUCAGGUAAUUCUCAUUUAGUUUAAAGAAGUGGAGAAUUCUUUAAAUUUCUUAUUGAAGAAAAAAUGAUUGGAAUACCUAAUCUAAAAGAAAUUUGGAAUAGUUUAGAUAAAGCUGAAUAUGAAAAUAAAUUAGCUAUUUACAAAUUAUUAAAGGAUGUUUCAAAUUCUUUAGAGAAAGAAUAAUUGGAGUUCUUAACUGAAGAAAUUUGUAAAAGAGAUCCAAAAGAAGUGAGCAAGGAUGAAUUAGAUUUAUUAUUAGAUAUUGUAAAAUCAAAUCAUAAGUAUAAAGAGGAUUAUAUUAUAAAAUGUUGUAAUUACUAUUGGAAUGUUUUAAAGAAUGGAUAAUUAAAUUAAACUUUAUUUGAAUUAUAUAUGACAUAAUAUAUAGAAUAAGUAACAUCAUUUGAAAUGAGACCACAUAAGGGAAUAUAAAUAAAGAUGAUAGGAGAAAGUAUAGUAAAAUAACAAUCAGCAAGUAUUGGAUUGAAAGUUUUAAUUAAAUUGAUAGAAAAAUUGGACAUUUCACCUGCAGCAUGGGAAUAAUAUACUCGUAAUGUUGCUCUAACAGAUUUAUAAUCUUAAUAUGAAAUUAUUGAACAAAUUUUUAUAUAAAUUAAAGAAAUUAAAAAACUACAUAGUAAUUUUGAAGAAAUUAGAAUUAGAAUGUAAUUUAUAUAAAUGUUUUAUUAAAACAUUAACACUUAUGAAUAUCGUUUAACAUUUAAUGUUAUAUCUACUUUAUGGGAAUUGUUGGUUUGUUAAUCUGAAUGUUAAUAAGAGAAAGAUCUAGUUUUUAAAUGGUUUAGCACAUUAUCUAAUUAAGAUGGAUAGUCAUAAUUAACAUCAAUGGUAGAAAUCUCAGAACUUAAGACUUUUUUUAUUGAGAAAAUGACAAAUGAUUUGGCACAUUUGACUGAGGAAGGAUUUAAUUGUAUUAAGACUGUAUUAUCUACAAUUAAUAAAUUUGAAAGUUUUGGUUUAGAUGUUAUAUGGUAAAUAAUAUUAGAAGGAGAAAAUGAAAAAGUCUCAUAAAUGGCUAUUGAAUAUUUCCAUUAAUUUGAAACAACUGUUGAGAAAUUAUUUAAUAAAUUAUAAGAAAAUAGAAAAUACAAUUAAAAAUUACUCAGAUGCUUAUUAGUAUUAGAAGAUUUUAUAGAUUAUAGUGAAGUAAAUGGAGUUGGUAAUUUAAAGAGUUUGAAUGCUCUCUCUUAAGGAGAAGAAUUAUCAAUCUAAAUUUAAUAUGAAAAUAGUUAGUAAAGAAGAUUUACAAUAAAAAUAAAUGAUAAUUAAACUAUUGUGGAAUUAAGAUUAGCAAUUAGUAAGAUAAUUAAAUUAUAAUGGGAUGCUAUAGGUUUAACUAGUCUUAAAGGAGAAAUAAAGUUUACAGAAAAUGGAAAGAUGAUAAAGGAUCUAAGAUUAAAGAAAGAUGAAAUAAUUAUGGUUUUUAAAAAGUAAGUUAAGGAUGCUCCAGAAGUGUAAUUAUUAGAUGGAGAUAAUUUAUCAGAAUAAGUAAAAGUAGUAUUUGCAGAAAUCUUUAGUGAAUAUUCAACUGAUGGCAAAAUGACAAAAGAGGAUUGUACUAGAUUUGUUACUGGAUGUACUGGUAAUCCAUGUAGUAUUGAAGAUGCUAAUAUUUAAAGAACUUUUGAACAAUAUGAUAGAGAUAAAGAUUAAAUCUUAACUUUAUAGGAUUUCUAUGACUUUUAUACUGAUUCAAUAAGAACUAAAAAAUCAACUGUUUGGUUGAAUUUACAAACAUUACAUUAUAGAAAUGAUUUAGUAAGAGGAGAUAGAGUGCCAUUACCAGAAAUUAAUGCUUAAUAAUUACCUAGAGGAUAGAUUGUUUAAAAUUAAGAAUAUUUAGAUUUGUUAUUUGAUUUACUCUUAAAUUCUAGCAAUGAAGUAUAAGAGAAAACUUGGUAUUUAUUAAGAAGAUUACCUCCCUCUCCUUAAUUAAUCAAGUAGAUGUUAACUUUUGAAAAUAUCAAAUAACCUACAGAUUGGGAUUAAAUAUUAGUUAGUAGUCAUUAUAGAUUGUUAUAUAGUUUGUAUAUUAUUGAAUUUCUUAUGAAUUAAUAAGAUUCAAAUCAUUUAUAGGCUCUAAUAGAUGAUUAAGAUAUUUUAAAAUUGAAAGAUAAAUGGAUGAGCAAAUUUUUAUAAUUAGGUGGAUUUGAUAGAUUAUUAUAGUUUUUUAAAGAAUAUUAAGGUAAGAGUGUUAAUACUUUAUCAUAAAUUGAAAAAGAGAUAUUAUCAUUUUUAUUAAACACAUUUUAAAACUAUGUAAUAGCUGCUUGUGCUGCUUACAUUCCUAAUUUAUAUAAGGCAUCAAGAGGAAUAUAAAUAAUUAAACCUUUAGAUUAAGUAUUAUUAGAUAUAAGACAAUCAGAAGAAUUUUAAUUGUUGGUUUAGAAAUUAAAGGAAAGUAGAUUAGGUGAUGAUAUUAUAGAAAAAAUAGAAAAUUUCAUAUCUGUUUUAAUCAAUCUUAUAUAAGAAUUAUUAAAAUGUAAUGAAUUGGAAUAAGAAGAUAGAUAAAUCAUAGAACAUAGUAUAAUAAUUAUAAUAGUAAUCUUAUUGCAUAAUCAGGAAUUAUUAGCAAGAAGCAUAGAAAAUAUUGAAUUUAUCAAUAUAUUUUUGAGUGGUAUAUUUACUGGAACAUCAGAUACAUUAAGAAAUCUAUUUAGUAGAGCAAUUCUAGUACUUUGUCAUGAAAGUUAAAAGAAAAACAAUUAACCAACUAGAAUUAUGUUAUAAUAAUUGAUAAUAAUGUAAAAUUCUUAGGGUAAUUCAGCAUAAUAUUAUGAAUUAUUGAGUUAAUUAAUAGAUAGUGCAUUUGAAUCUGAAGAAUCUUAAUAAUUUAUAGAUUAUGAACAAUUAAGUUAAUAAAUGUUGUAAAAUUUAAUGAAUUACAAAAGUUAAGAAAAUAGAUCCAAAAAUACUCCAACAGAUAAAAUAUUAGUUGGUUUAUUGAAUCUAUUGACUAAAUUAUAUAGAUUUAUUAAAAAACCAAUUGUUGAUAAAUUAUUUAAUGAUUGUUUAUUUAGUAUGUAAGAAGAUAUAGAAAUAAAAUGUAAAUCUGUAGAAAGUAGAUAAGCAGCAUUUAAAUUAUUAUAUAAUUUAGGAUAAUAAUAGAAUAUUGAUACUAUUGUAACAAACCUAUAAUUAUUAAGUUAAAAAAUACCAAUAAUUAAUAGAUGGAAUUAUAUCCCUUCUAGUGAUAUGAGAAGUAAUCUUGGAUAUUGUGGUAUUAAAAAUCUAAGAUGUAUUUGUUAUAUGAAUGCUAUGUUAUAAUAAUUUUAUAUGAUAAAACCAUUUAGAUAUGGUAUUUUAUAAGCUAAUGAUAAUAAAGAUGUUGAUUUGUAACUUAGUAAAACCGGAUUUACUUAUGAUGAUAAUGUAUUACAUUAAUUAUAAUAAAUGUUCAGUUAUUUAGAAUUAUCAGAUCGUGUAGAUUAUAAUCCUUAAGAAUUUUGUGCAGCAUUUAAAGAUUAUGCUGGUGAACCAGUGAAUAUCUUUAUAUAAUAAGAUGCAUAAGAAUUCUUAAAUAUGAUAUUUGAUAAAUUGGAAAAUAUGUUAAAGGAAACAGUCUAUAAAAAUAUUAUGGAUGGAGUAUUUGGUGGUAAAACAUGUACAUAGAUUUAAUGUUAAAAAUGCAAAGCUACAAAAAGUAAAGAUGAAAUAUUCUACAAUUUAUCUUUGCCAAUAAAGAAUUUAAAGACUUUAUAAGAAUGUUUUGAUAAAUUUGUUUAAGGAGAGAUUAUAUCUGAUUUCAAAUGUGAAAGUUGUAAUUAGAAAGUUGAUGUUAAUAAAUGUUAAUUAUUGGCUUAAUUACCAAAUAUAUUAAUAUUACAUCUCUAAAGAAUUGUAUUUAAUUUAGAUACUUUUAUGAAUGAAAAAAUUAAUACAAGAUUAGAAUUCCCAAUUAAUUUAGAUUUACAAUAAUAUACAAUUAAUAAAGAUUUAUGUACAUAAUAUAAAUUGGUUGGUGUAGUUGUUCAUGUUGGUACUGCUGAUGUAGGACAUUAUUUCAGUUAUAUAGAUAUUAAAAAUUAAGAUUAAUGGUUAGAAUUUAAUGAUCAUAAAAUAAAGGAAUUUAAAUUGAAACAAAUGGAACAUGAAUGUUAUGGAGGAUCAAGUAAUUUUGAUUAUAAUGAUAAUGAUGUAUGGGGAACAGGAUUUAGAGAGAAUUCUCAAAGUGCUUAUAUGCUUAUAUAUGAAAAGGUUUAAAAAGAUCAAAUAUCUUUAGUAUUCAAUAAUGAAUAAGAACUAUAAGAUCAUAUAGAUUAAUUUGAGAAUUACACAAUUGAUCCAAAUAUAAAAAAUGGUUUAUUAGUUGAUUAUAAUUCAUUAAAACCUUAUAUUCCAAAUUAAUAUAAAAAGAAGGUUAAUAGUGAUAAUUAGCAAUUUCUAUUAGAACGUAAUUUAUUCAAUUAAGAUUUCUUAAAAUUCAUUUUAGAUGUUAGUGAAUUUGUAAAUGAAAAUAAUUCAUUUAAGAUGAUUGAUGUAUUAAUAAAAUUUAAUUACGAUCUAUUAUCAAAAGCAUAUGAAAAUUCAUUAAUGGAUUAAUUUAAUGCCAAAAUUAUAUUAUUAAUUUAAUAAUAUCCAAAUAUUAAUUAUCUUGAUUUGAUUUAUUUUGGAAAAUUAAAUAAAGUAGUUGAUUUAUUAUUAGUAUGUCCUGAAAUUAGAACACGUAAACACAUUAGCAAAUUAUUAUCAACUUUAUUUAAUUAAGCAAUAUAGAUUGAAGGAUAAAUAACAGAGAAAUUAAAUGAAGGAUUGGAUCAAUUAUUUUUAAUGAUUCAAGAUUAAGUGCCUAAGAAUUGGACUAGAUAUGAAUCUUAUUUUGAAUUUUGGUUAGAUUUUCUAUAAUAGGAAGGCAAAAAUUAAUAUGAAUAUUUAAUGAAAAAAAAUAUGGUUUUAUAUAUGAUAGAUUUUAUACUAGAUAAAAGUAGUCCAUUAUAAUUAUAUGAAAAAAAAGUAUAAAUGGGAAAUGCUUAUGUAUCUAUGAAUAUUUAAAUAUAACUUUAAAUAUUAUCUUCUUUAUUGAAAUAAAAUCAAUAAUUAAAUUUAAAUGAGAAAAAAUUAUUAUUUUUACCUAAAUUUUAUGAUAAAAUAUUGAAAACUAAAGUAGAUGAUAUUUUACCUAUUAUAUUAAAAUUAUCUUAUAAGAAUAAAUAUUUCUCAGAGAUUAUUUCAGGAUGUAUUAUGCGUGGAAUGUCAAAUGGAGAUGUUGAUGAAUUCAAAAACUAUUUAUAAGUAGCUAAAUCCUUUUUAUUAAUUGAAGACAAUCUAUAAAUUGAAAGAUUAGAAUGGUUGAUUGGUAUUCCAUCAUCAAAACAAAAGGAAACAACUAAGAUUUAUGAUAAUUAAUUUUCUGAUAUACCUUCAUUUGGUUUAUAUGGUCUAUAAAGUUUAGAAGAAGAUUAUUGGACAUUUGCCAGUCCAUUAGGAUGGUCUAAUUGUUUAUUCGAUUAUUUCUGUUCUCAUAGAAUGAGUAAAAAUCAUGAUAUACAAUGUUUAUUAAUUCUUAAAUGUUGUCUCUAAAUAAGUUUAGAAAAUCAAACUUGUUUUAAUUAUAUUUCUAAUCUUCCAUGUGUAAAUUAUUAAUAUGUAAUUAAUUUAAUUUAUAUUUAGAAAUAUAAUGAAGAAAUCUUUAAGUCCUUUUUAGAAACAUUUAUUUUAGAUACUAAAAGAUUCUAUUCUUAACAUACUCGUAAAUAGGAAUCUGAAGAAACUAAAAUAUUAUUAGAAGAAUAUUAAAAAAGAUUAGAAUAAAUUCAUGACCCUACUAAACCUUAAUAUGAUUAUAUUAUAGGAAAAUCUGUUGAAGUCACUAAAACAACUAAACUUUUAUAUCUACUCAAUCCUUCCACUAAAGAAGAAUUGACAGUAGAUGAAACAUCUCAAAAUUUUAAUUAAAUUAAAUCAUAAAUAGAUGAUGGAACACUUCAUAAAAUUAUCACUCUAGAAGUAAAUAAUCAUAUUAUCAUAGGAAAAAGUUUACACUACAUAUGUUUGUGAUAAUCUACCUACUGGAUUAACUAAUGAAGCAUUACCUUAAUAAUAUGUAAAAGGAACAUAAAUACAUCAUUUUUCUGUUGAUCCAAAUUCUGAAACAGCCAAUUUCAUCCAAUCUAAGGCAUGGAAUGUAGAAAAUGAUGAUAAGGCAAUUGUAUCUAAUUCAAGAUUAGCUAUGACUGUUAAAUAAAUCCAAUUAUAGAAUAAUACAAAUAGAAAUCUACAUGUUAUACUUGAAAUCAAAGGACCAUAAAACUCAUGUCAUUACAUUCCCACUUCUAAAAUUUAAUCUUUGAUGAAUCCAAAAAUUAUUACAACUAUGUUUACAAUUAUUAAAUAGAAAAGCCAAGAUGAGUUUCCUAAAUUAGAAUUGAAUUUGUAAUACAAAAAACAAGAACCUAGAUCAGAAUCUUAUCUAUAUUUAUCAAAUUCAAAUGAAAUGAACUUGGAGUUAUAAUGA